AUGUGGGAGUUAAAUGGUAAUAGUGGGAAGGAAUUGACAGAUCUCAUCCCUCACCUCCCAAAUCUCUCCAAAUUGGACAUAAGGUUUUGUAAAAACAUAAAACACUUGGUAGUGGGGGUGGAUUUGCGACAUACAACAUCGGCUGAAUCAGAGAUGGAUGAAGAUGAAAUAAGAGCAGCAGAAGAGGAAGAGGAUGAAGGGGUGCUGCUCUUCCCAGCUCAUCUCUUUGACUCACUUCAGGAGUUGGUCAUCUGCGAGUCCCAAGAGCUGGUACUGGUGGACCCACCAACUCUCGUUCCUGGAGGAGGAUGGCUCGAAACCUUCCGAUCCCUCCAGAGACUAAGAAUAGAGGGCACCCCAAGGUUUCUAUCCGCCUUCUCAUUUUCCCAUCACAUUUUUCCUUCCUCCCUGAGGUUCCUGAAGCUUGCGGAUGUGAAAGGCAUGGAGACACUGGAGCCCCUCUCGAACCUCUUCUCUCUUACCAGAUUAGAAUUGUGGUAUUGCGGAGAGGAUCUGAAAUGUCACAGCUUGCAGUUUCUCCUUGCCUGUGGCCGGCUCAAGGAAUUACAAGUCAUUGGAAGCCAUAGGUUCUUUGCUGGUUGGGUUCCCAAUCCCUGGCGGGAGCCUGUUUCAUCCACACUGCAGGAGCUCUGCACGGAUGAUGCCAGGGGACUUCUUAGUGCACCUAUCUGCAGCUUCCUAUCUUCCUCCCUCACCAAGCUGGAACUUGGUGGGAUAGGGUCUGAAGGGAUGAAGCGCUUCAGCAAGAAGCAAGAGGCCGCCCUUCAGCUCCUCUCCUCGCUCCAGCAACUUAAGUUUUUGUGUUUCCACAGUCUUCAGCAACUCCCUGCAGGGCUGCACAAGCUUACCAGUCUCGACAAAUUAUUGCUCCGCUUCUGCCCAGCUGUCUCGUCGUUGCCCAACGAUGGCCUCCCGGAUGACCUGGUAGAGCUAGAUGUCUCUCGGUGCUGCAACGCUGAGCUGAAAGAGCAGUGCAGGGGGUUAGAGGAAACCAUCCUAUAUGUCAAAAUAGACUGA